AUGACUUCUUCUUCUCAAAAUAAUUUAGAUGAUGCAUUUGAUGAUGCAUUUGAUGAUGCAUUUGAUGCUGCGUUUGAUAAACGUUUUGAUCAAGUCAUGGAGAAUCUAACCAUUCGUAAUGAUCAAGAAGCACGAAGAAAUGCAAGAAAAAAACGAGCUUACAUCGAAAGACAUCGUGAAGAAGGGCAUAUUCUUUUAUGGAAUGAUUAUUUUAGUGAAACUCCAACGUAUAAAGAAAAUAUGUUCCGCCGACGUUUUAGAAUGAACAUGCCAUUGUUCAUGCGCAUUGUUGAUCGACUCUCCACCGAUGUUGAAUAUUUUCGGGAAAAGCGCGAUGCCCUCGGAAGGAUUAGUCUCUCUCCCCUUCAAAAGUGUACUGCAGCCAUUCGUGUCUUGGCAUAUGGUUCUGCGGCUGAUACGGUCGAUGAAUACCUCCGGCUCGCUGAAUCAACAACUCGGUUAUGUGUGGAAAAAUUUGCGGAAGGAAUUAUAUCUUUGUUCGGCGAUCAAUACCUAAGAAGACCAACGCCGGCUGAUCUUCAACGUCUACUCGAUGCUGGAGAGUAUCGUGGAUUUCCCGGGAUGAUAGGAAGCAUCGAUUGUAUGCAUUGGCGGUGGAAGAAUUGUCCCUUUGCUUGGAAAGGGCAAUACUCUCGUGGUUCGGCUAAACCAACAAUCGUUUUAGAGGCGGUUGCUUCAUUUGAUCUCUGGAUAUGGCAUGCGUUUUUUGGAGCUCCAGGUACUUUAAAUGAUAUCAAUGUUCUUGAACGUUCGCCUGUUUUUUAUGACGUAAUACAUGGUCAAACUCCGAAUGUCACUUUCUCUGUCAAUGGAAACGAGUAUCAUAUGCUUUACUAUCUUACCGAUGGACCGAAAGCAGUUUUAUUUGCUCAACGUCAAGAAGGCACUCGGAAAGAUAUCGAGCGUGCUUUUGGAGUCUUGCAAGCUCGAAGAAGAUGUGCUUCUGAAGCAGAGGUUAUGUUUGAUGACAUAGAAGCUGACGGUUACUUUGUAGAUAAGGUCAUGUACACUUGUAUGGUGAAAGAAUAUUGCAAGGACAGAUAUGACAAUGGCAGUGCGGCUCUGAUGAGAUCGCUUACAUGA